ACACUUCCCAGCUGAUUCUUAGUUUCCUCUUGAUUCUCCUCCUUCCCUUGAAAGCGCUUCCGAAAUGGCUUCGAGUCUGAGCUUUAACACUCUUGCUGUGAUCCUCGCUUUUGCACUCGCUGUCUGCGUCACCGGAACACUAGGAGGAAUAGUGUGUGAGAAUCUCAACCACGACUCAUGCGCAUUCGCAGUGUCGUCCUCCGGCAAGCGCUGCGUGCUGGAGAAGCAGGUGACAAGGAGCGGGGAGGAAGCAUACACUUGCCGCCAAUCAGGCAUUGAAGCUGGGGGACUGAGGGACUACAUCGAGACCGAUCAGUGCAUCGGAUCAUGCGGGGUUGAUCGUAGAACCCUAGGAAUCGCAUCAGAUGCUCUGCUGGAGCCUCACUUCGCACAACAGCUUUGCUCCUCCAAGUGCUAUGGAAGUUGCCCCAACAUUGUCGACCUCUACUUCAAUCUUGCUGCGGGUGAAGGAGUGUUUCUUCCUAAACUAUGCGAAGCAGAGAGACAAGAGAAGCGAAGAGGGAUGGCAGAGAUCGUGAGCUGGGGCGUGGUAGCUUCGGCACCAACAAUCCAUGCCAUCAAGUUAACGGUCGCCCCGGCACUGUCUCCUUAUUGAUCACUUCCCUCAAGACCGAUCAUAUGCAGAAGCUCGCAGGCCUUGGUUCAGAACAGACGCGUACGAUGUAGCAGAUCGGUUCGAUUGAUUGAGAGGUAGAUACCCGUCUUCGAGUGCUGCGUUAACGUCCUGGCGUGUGUGCAUGCAUGGCUUUGACGGGCUAGCUUUAUUCUACUGUGUCCUUAUAAUUAUGUGUAUGUACGUAGGAUCAGUCACCCAAGCACCGGUCUAUAAAAGGCCUGCUUUUGUUUUCAGAUUGGAUCGUCUACUGUGUCUUUGUAAUUACGUGUGUGGAUCGUCUUCUAUGUAUUAUCGUGGUGAAGAAUUAUCUUCAGAUUGGAUGAAUAA